AUGUCGAAAAAUGUGGGGAAAAAUAAAAAGUCAAAAAGUGGCGGAAAGACAUCAAAAGAUGAGAAAGUGAUGAACGCCAAAAUCUCCCCAAAUGAAGACGACGCAUUUCCAUUUCUGAAAGAACAAAAUGGGGGUGUUACUAUCGAAAUCAACGUCAAACCAAAUUCAAGAAAUAGUGAAAUACAAGGGAUCGAGGAUGGGCUAUUAAAAAUAGCUAUUGACGCGCCACCGGUUGAUGGAAAGGCAAACAGUGAGGUUGUUGAUUUCAUCGCAACAUCUUUUAGUGUUAAAAAGUCAAGUGUGGCUGUUGUUAAAGGUCAGACUUCACACCACAAAACGGUAAGAAUUGAAAAUUGUACAAAGAGUGUUAUCACUGCUAAGUUGAAGUAA